AUGUCCAAGAAAAGAAAAGUUGAUGCAGAGGGAAGGCAAUUUCAGGAGAGAUGGGAAAGUGAAUACAUGUUUGUGAUUAAUGGAGACAAGCCGGUAUGUCUUAUUUGCUAUGAGGCAGUGGCAGUGAUGAAGGAAUACAAUUUACGCCGGCACUUUGAGACCAAACAUGGAGCCAAAUUUGCUAACUUUAGCCCCCAGGAAAAGCAACAAAAGGUCCAAGAAUUAAAAGGUAGCCUGCAUUCUCAACGGAAUAUUUUUUCAAAAAUGACAGCAAAAAAUGAUGCAGCAGUGAAAGCCAGCUAUCUUGUGGCUGAAGAAAUUGCGCGAGCUUCAAAGUGCUUUUCAGAAGGUGCAUUUGUAAAGAAGUGUAUGCUGAAGGUAUGUGAACAGGUGUGCCCUGAGCAGAGACAGGCUUUUAACAAUGUCAGCUUGUCAAGAAACACCAUCACAGACCGAGUCAGGGACCUAGCCUAUAAUCUUAAAACAAAGUUGGCUGAAGAGACAUGCAGUUAUGUGGCAUUUUCAUUAGCUGUUGAUGAAAGCACUGACAAUACUGAUACAGCUCAUCUAGCUAUUUUUGUAAGAGGUGUGAAGGAAGACUUGUCUGUCAGUGAGGAGCUCUUGGAUGUGGUCGCCAUGUAUGGGACAACAACUGGGAGGGACAUCUUCAAUGCAGUGGAGGAAUCAGUAAAUAAAAUGAAAUUACCUUGGGAAAAGUUGGUGGGACUUACUACUGAUGGCGCUCCAGCAAUGUGUGGAGUGAGAAAUGGCUUGGUUGGACUGUUAAAAGAGAAAAUGGAAAAAAGUAAUUGCCACACGCCGCUGAUAACUUAUCACUGCAUUAUCCACCAAGAAGCUCUGUGUGGCAAGGUUCUGCAACUGGAUAACAUAAUGUCCACAGUCACGAAAACAGUGAAUUUUCUGCGUGCACGGGGUCUGAAUCAUCGUCAGUUCCAACAAUUUUUGAAGGAGGUGAGCAUAAAACAUACAGAUGUGCCAUACCAUACAGAAGUAAGGUGGCUGAGUAGGAGCACCGUUCUCAAGAGAUUUUUUGAGCUUUUGGAAGACAUUAAUCUUUUUAUGCAAAGUAAAGGGAAGCCCUUGUCAGAACUGUCAGAUCCAAACUGGCUGUGCGAUUUUGCCAUGUUGUGUGACAUAACAGAGCAUCUCGCCCAACUGAAUCUGAGGCUGCAAGGCCGCAAACAAGUCAUAACCUCAAUGUAUGAUGCAAUAACAGCUUUCCAGGAGAAACUGCGCCUAUGGAAGUCACAGCUUGAAAAAGACUGUCUUGCCCACUUUCCUAUCUGCCAGAGCAUUUCAAACUCAUUCCCAGGUACUUUUUCAUGUGCUCGAUUGGGUACCAAAGUGAAUCGGCUGAUUGAUGAAUUCAAUCAACGCUUUUCUGAUUUUAAAGAACAAAACUUAACCUUUACCAGCUUUGCCAAUCCCUUCAACAUCGAUGUUGACAGUGCACCACAUCACCUUCAAAUGGAAUUAAUAGAACUUCAGUCCAGCAGCAGCCUGAAAGCGAAGUUCCAGGAUGCGACAGUCGACGACUUUUACCGUCUCCUCCCCCCUGCUUUGAUGCCACAGCUCCGACUUCAAGCUGCACGUGUUCUGUCCAUGUUUGGGAGCACUUAUCUAUGUGAACAGAUGUUUUCAGUCAUGAAUCUGAACAAGACCAAGCUCAGAUCACGCAUCACUGAUGAUAACCUCCAUGCUGUUUUGCGGAUUGCUACAGCACAAGACCUAACGCCAAACAUCGAUGGACUGACCUUAGGAAAACGAUGUCAGCCAUCUAGUCAGAAAAGUUAAAAAAAAGGUAAUGCCUUGUG